UCUCUCUCUCUCUCUCAUCCGAUUUGCAGGUGCCAAGCUCGAGGCGCGCCCUUUCAUUCGUUUUACCAGAAGCAAACCCCGAGAGACAAACCCUCUCAGGGCCUCUUCAAACUUUCGCAGUGUCCAUUGCUCUUUUUCUCUCUCUAUUGUUUCUCUCUCAUCCCUCUCUCUCUCUUCUUUCUCUCUCUAAGUGGCGCCCCUCUGGUCAGCGUGCAUGGAGGGGAACGAGAGUGGGUUGAACUCUUACUACCAGUCGGCCCCGUCGGUGAACAAUGGCAUGUUCUCGUCUCCAAACCCUAGCAUCACUGCCUGCUCCUCUGUUCCUCCAUAUCCCUCCUCCUCCGAUGGCUUUCAGCAGCACUUGGCUCCCUCUGGGAGCCGGGGGGCUUCUUCUUCUGGGCCCACGGAGGUUGUCCGGAGGAAGCGCGGCCGGCCCCGCAAGUACAGUCCUGGCACAGACUCCCUCCCCAAGCCCUCCAACGUCCCCCUCUCUCCGCGCAAGAAGGAGCCCGCCUCUGCAAAGAAAGCACAAAUGGUGGCGCUUGGCAAUGCUGGGCAAGGAUUUACUCCACAUGUCAUUACUGUUGCUGCUGGAGAAGAUGUCUCCCAGAAAAUCAUGUCUUUCAUGCAACAACGGAAGCGUGCAGUUUGUAUACUGUCAGCAAAUGGAUCCAUUUCUAAUGCUACCCUACGUCAACCUGCCAUGCUUGGGGGAGAUGUGACCUAUGAGGGGCGGUUUGAGAUUCUCUCACUCUCUGGGUCUUUCCUGUUUUCUGAGACUGGGGGAACGUUCUCAAGAACCGGGGGGGUUAGUGUGUGUUUGUCUGGGUCUGAUGGGCGUAUUGUGGGGGGUGGUGUUGGAGGGCCUCUUGUGGCAGCUUGUCCCGUUCAGGUAAUUGUUGGUUCCUUUGUCGUUGAUGGGAAGAAGGAUCCAAAUCAGGAUGGGAAAUCUGAGGCAUCUGGCAGCAAAUUGUCUACAUCCAUGGUUGGGGCGAUGCCUAUGAAUUUUCGAUCCUUGCCAGAGAGUUCUUCGCCAAGAAUAUCUGGUAGAGGGAAUGAGGAUCAAAGCAUGGGGAGUGGUAACUAUAUAAUGCAGCAUCGGUCGAUGCAUAUGAUGGCCUCACGGUCAACUGACUGGAGAGGCGGUCACAUUGAUUCUGAUCCUAGAAGUGAUGUGGACAUUGAUUUGACAGGAAGAGGUGGUCAUGGACUGGCUGGGGCUUGCCACUCACCAGAGGAUGGAGAUGAUGACCAUAUUGGCCAUGGGAGAAACCAUUGAAUAUAGGUAGUAACGGCAAACUAGAUAACUUGGGGGGAUUUUGAGGUCAGUUUCUGUGGAACUCCUCUGCGCUUUGCCAUGCAUAUCAUUUGGGUAUCAUGUGGAAUGUUUAUUGCUAGAUCCAUGUGAGAGCUUCACUAUUUUCAAGGUUAUAAGGCAGUUACUUGUGCCUUUUCCGUCUUGUAUUCCGUGUUUAUAAAUGAAAUGCAAGAAAAGAUAGCAAAUGUAGUGGUUCUCACCAUUUCCAACAUGUGGUACUCAUGCUUCACCACAGACUGUUUGUUUACUCAGGUUUUCAGACAUGUGGUACUCAUGCUUCACCACAGACUGUUGUUUAUUCAGGUUUUCUGUGAAUCUGUCUCUUAUUGUCAUUCUUAGGGCUUUUGUUGAUCUGGAUGGUCAGUGUUUCACUAAUUACAGAGACGAUUACCUGCGAUGAUUUCAUAUCA